AGACCGUAUCGGGCUAUUAGUAUAACGGCAUGUCAGCUCUACAGAUUCAGAGAUAUGCAAGCGUGUUGAUAUCUAUGCGUCAGUGGCUUUCGAUUUUGGGUGAAAUAUGUUAUCAAACUCGUAGCCCAGCUGCAGCCAUCGUGGAGCAGCCUUUCGAAUGAGUGUAGAUUAUCAGCGCCACUAUGUACACGAUUCCUCGGUUAAUGCCAACAACGAAAUGAGGACACAAGCAGGCGUCGUUCUAGGCUUUAUGGCUUGGGACAUUAAUAAGAAUUAAAUUCCAUAAUCUCGAUUUCUAGCCACAAUAAUAAUACACCAAUCAUCAGCAUAUAUAUCUUCGAUACUUACCUACGACAUGGCAAUAGAAUCUGUAUUGCUCAUAAAUUCUUGGUAAGAUAUACUACCCCGACCAAGUCAGAAUGGACAUGUCGUAUGACCAGCCACAGUACCUAAUCGCUACUGUAGCCAAGGCCUGCCGCUCCGAGUCAGGCUUUGGUACCAUAUCGCCUUCUGUGUAUGACACGGCAUGGCUGUCGAUGAUACAGAAGCCUCCCAGGUCUGGAUCAUGGCUGUUUCCUAAAUGCUUCGAAUACGUAUUGGAGCAUCAAUUACCUAGUGGUGGCUGGAAAUCAUACGGUACCGUUGCUGAUGGUAUCCUCAACACCUGCGCGGCCCUGCUGGCCCUCCGGAAGCAUAUGGCGCUGUGUCCAGGCAACGAGGGCUGGACACAGCGGAGCCAGAGAGCGGAAGCUGCGCUGAAAGAUAUGUUACAGGAAUGGGAUUUGUCGCCUUCAGAUCAAAUUGGGCUCGAGUUACUAAUCCCCAAGCUCUUAUCCCUCCUAGCGAGCGAAGGUGUUACUAUUGAGCUCCAAAGGGUAGCUCAACUGCAAGCCUUGUAUGAAUACAAGAUAAAGAAACUAUCCUUGGAAGACAUAUAUGGCGCCCCAUCCACGUUACUGCACCAUCUCGAAGCCUUCACAGGCUAUCUUGACUUCGACCGCAUUCGGGACCGUCGAGAGAGAAAUGGCUCUAUGAUGAGUUCCCCUUCCUCGACUGCUGCGUAUUUAAUACAUGCUACUACUUGGGACGAAGAAGCCGAGUCGUAUCUACGUUCAGCCUUGGAGCGUAGCUCGAACAUAGGAUCCAGUAGUGUACCGUGUGCCUGGCCAACUAGCAUUUUCGAAGUUUCCUGGUCUGUUACCACAUUGGCCCAAGCUGGUAUUCCGAUCGGAAAGGACGAUUCAUUGACUCUACGUACAUUUCUUGAAGAAGCUCUUAAAUCUCGCAAUGGCUGUGUCGGGUUUUCCCAGUUCUCUACCCCUGAUAGUGACGAUACCUCCAAAGCAAUCAUGGCCCUAAUAUGUCUAGGGGGUGGCCCCAGUGUGCGUUCUCUGAUACAGACCUUCGAGUCAGAGAAUCAUUUCAUGACCUACGCAGGGGAAAGCAACCUGAGUAUCAGCUCCAAUUGCAACAUCCUUGCAUGUCUCUGCAUGCUCGAAGAUCGCUUACCUUACGUUGCUCAAAUCUCUAAAGCCGCAAAAUUCCUAUGCUUCCAAGUUACCGCCGGUAAAGCUAGAGAUAAAUUGCACCGCCACGAGCUCUACUGGAUGAUGCUUCUAGUUCAAGGCUUUGGUUAUCUUUAUCGUAGCCCUCACGAUGGUCUACUUGAGAAGGUCUUUGAAAAGGAGCCUAGCCUUGAAGAGCAGAUACCCAUGGUAUCUUUCUACGUCCUUAGCGUGCUGCUGAGUUCUCAACAGUCUGACGGCUCCUGGGAUGGCAUUUGUGAAGCAACGGCGUAUUCUGUUCUUGCAUUGGCAUCGCUGGUCCGGCUCCCGUGGAUUGGUCAAGAACUUCACGAAAUUGGUAUUAUUCAAAGCAUCGAGCGAGGGAAGGCGUUCCUAGCGUCAGCUAGCAGAAGAGAACGCACCAAACCCGAGUUCCUUUGGAUCGGGAAAGUCACCUACACCUCAGAAAUUCUUUCUCAGGUAUACUACCAAGCCUCCAUGUUCAUCACGCCGCCUACUUACGAAAAGGAAUAUAAUCUCUCCCGCUCACUCUCGCCUCUUCCCGAAGAAACGCUGCGCAGAAUGAGACAGGCCAGGGACUUGAUUAAACGGACACCACUCCUUGCCCAAUUAGACAAAGGCAUUCUUAAAGCAGCCGAGCUGCAAGCAUGUUACGCUCUCGGCCAGCUUGACCGACUAGAAUUGGAUAUCUUCCCACGCAAUUCCAUGCGCAAAAAUAUGCACUUGACCUUCGUUCCGCUCCCCUGGAUGGCUUGUAACUCACUGUCGGGCGGUAAGGCAAGCUUCUAUGUGUUGCAUGAGAUGAUAGUCGGAACAGUACUAGUGUAUGAGGCCGAUGAAUAUUUUGAAGCAACUGUUGAGAAAUACCUGGGCGACCACCUAGACCAAGUCGAGAUGCUGAUCCGGAGCCUCUGUGACGAGGUCAGACCCCCUGUUCCCGGGAACCGCCAGUCCGACGAUACCCAUGAUACGACGUCCAAACCAUCUUUUCUCGCUCGAAAACGCGACGAUGGGAUAUCCGAGGACACUUUGGCCUAUUUACAGGAUGUAGAAGUCGUGCUCCGCAAAUUCAUCGCCUAUAUGCUACAACACCCCGUCGUGUUAUCCAAGCCAUCGCAUUUACAGUCGCGGCUAGCGACUGAGUUGCAAACGUUCCUUCUGGCUAAUAUCACGCAAGCCAAAGACAACAUAAAUCUGCGCCGUAAGCUCGCGCACAUAGAUGAUAAGAGAUCUCUAGAAGCAGACUCCCACGGCGACGCGAUCCUACCGAGCCAACGGUAUAGCGUGGCGCCCGAACGAUCCUUUUACAAUUGGGUCCGCGGUACCUCGGCAGAUCAUGCUUCUUGUCCAUUUGCCUUUGUGUUUUUCAACUGCCUCAUAGACUCUAACCUCUUUACAUACGCCAGGACAGCGUAUAUAGCCGAGGACCUCUGUCGUCACUUAGCCAGCUUGUGUCGCAUGCACAAUGAUUACGGAGGCGUGGCUCGUGACAGAGAAGAGGGAAAUCUCAACUCGACUCAUUUUCCGAUAUUCCAUCGCCAUCGAGAUUCAGACGGAGAAGAUUCAACGGGUCUAGGCGUUUAUAGUGAGGCCGAGCAACAACAGCUGAUCAAGAGCAAACUCCUAUGGAUAGCAGAGUACGAGCGUCGAGGUCUGAACGCUGCUCUAUCCGAGCUCGAGAACGAAUUGGGGGAUUCCGACAAUGGUCGAAGGCUUAUUGAUGCAGUGAAGUUGUUUAUUGACGCUAUAGACCUAUACGGACAGGUUUAUAUGAUUAGAGAUAUGACUCCCCGUAACAAGUAAAUAGACGAGUAUUAUUCAUACGCCUUACCUAGCUCCUAAGCCAAUAUUAAAGAGAACAGUUCUAUAAGGAAAAGGGAAA